AUGCAUGUUUCCAGCGUCCUCGUCACGGCCGUAGCAGCCUUUGCCGGCUUCACUGCUGCUCAAGUUGGACCUUUGGGUGAGAAUGGUCGGCCGACAAACUACACGGCGUACAAUUUCACACAGCUGAUCGACCACUUCCCUCACUCGGCGCGAUACAAGCCCAACGACAAUGGCACGUUCACGCAGAGGUACUUCUUCGACCCGACUUACUACAAGCCCGGCGGUCCGGUGUUUCUGUACAUCGGAGGCGAGACCAGUGGCGAGUCCCGGUUCAGCAACCUCCAGACCGGCAUCGUCCAGAUCCUCAUGAGCGCGACCAACGGGCUCGGCGUGAUUCUCGAGAACAGAUACUACGGGGAGAGCUGGCCGUUUGAGAACUCGACCACCGACAACUUGCGGUACCUGACGAACGAGCAAACCAUCGCCGACAACGCGUACUUUGCCCAGCACGCCACCUUCCCCAACGUGCCCGGCGGAGACAACCUCACUGCACCGGGGACCCCGUGGAUCCUCUACGGCGGCAGCCUCGCCGGGGCCGAAACCGCGUUUUCUGUCGUCCAGUACGGCGACAUUCUGUGGGGUGGCAUCGCGGCCUCGGGCGUCGUGCAUGCCGUGCACGGGUAUCCCGAAUGGUACAAUCCCAUCCAGGAGAACGGGCCUCAGGACUGCAUCACCAGGAUCAACAAGAUCAUCGACAAGAUUGACCAUUUGAUCCUGACCAACAACACCGAAGCCAUUCAAAAGGUGAAAGAGAUCUUCGGCUUAGGUGCUCUGAGUAGCCUGGGAGACUUUGCCAUGACGAUCGCAUUCCCCAUUGGCGGUCCGAUGAACUACCCUACCUACACAUGGCAGGAGCUCAACUGGUACCCUGCGUACGAUAACCCGGACUUUUUCGACUUUUGCAACAACAUCACCGACCUGAACGCACCCGCGAACAUCACCGCGGUCGACACCCAGUUGUCGAACUACACCAACGGAUCCGCGUGGACUGGACUCGGCGCGUACGCAAACUACGUCAAGGAGGUGAUCCUCCCUACGUGCCCCAGUGCAGACUUGAUCGGUACAACUACCGCGGGAUGUUUCUCUACUCAGAAUGAAACAUUCUACGCCGACCCGACAAACUCGGCGGCCCGAUCGUACCUGUACUCGACGUGCACCGAGCUGGGAGCGUACCAGCUGCCCCAGCCGUACGGGACGCCGUCCCUGCUCUCGCGGGCCAUCGACCUCGACUACACGCAGCAGUGGUGCACGUGGGCGUUCCCACCCGGCCCCUUGUCCCCCCAGGCCGUGCCGUCGCCCGACGGGCCCGACCUGACGUGGUACAACAAGUACGGCGGCUUUGACAUUUCGGCGCCGCGGCUCGCGCUCAUCGACGGCGGCAGCGACGUGUGGAGGGACGUGUGCUACCACGGCCACAACGCCAGCCGGCCGCGCCACGGCGAAAACCAGAUGCUCAUCACGGGUGCCGGCCACCAUUGGGACUCGUACGGCAUCCUGAACGUCAGCGCCGAGCCGGACUUUAUCAGGGCCGCGCACGAGUGGGAGAUCAGGCGCGUGGAAACCUGGUUGAAGGAGUGGGAUGAGACGAAGGGGUCAAGAAGGACCAAGAGGGAUGAGCUGUGA